CAUGGACCCUUUACGUUGCCGCUGUCGUUCCUCUCUUCGAACUUCAUGAUUCUGCCAUACCCACUACUAUCUAGAUAAUUCUGUCCCACCCAUGCCGGACCACGAGCUCCGCCUCCUGUCCCUCGACGGAGGCGGCGUACGAGGCCUUUCGAUGCUUCAGAUCCUGAAGAAGCUCAUGGAAGUCGUCGAUCCGGAAUCGCCGCCAAAGCCAUGUGACUAUUUCGAUAUGAUCGGUGGCACUAGCACUGGCGGUCUUCUCGCGAUUAUGCUUGGCCGGCUUCGGAUGACGGUCGACGAGUGCUUAGACGAAUAUGUUUCGCUAUCCGACCGCGUAUUUCAGAAACAGCGACACCGGGUGACACUCAAAGGCAACGUCCAGGGACGGUUCGAUUCGGCCGAGCUAGAACGCGGGAUCAAAGAGAUCAUUGUAAGGCAAGGCCUAGCAGAGGACGCGCUAUUGAAGGACGAUGCGGACGCUAAGUGCAAAGUGUUCGUGUGUGCAACGAGUGCGGAAACGAGCGACACAGUACAGCUUACCAGCUACCGCUCGCCAGGCGGCAGCGAACAAUUACUCCGUUCAACCAAGAUAUGGGAGGCAGGUCGAGCAACGUCGGCAGCGUCGUCCUUUUUCGAUCCCAUCACGAUCGGCGACUUCAACGAGGGUUUUGUCGACGGCGCUACAGGAGCGAACAAUCCGGUAUACGAGGUGUGGAACGAGGCUCAAGACAUAUGGCCAUCUGGCUCGCUUGAAGAAAAGAUUAGCUGUUUUGUGUCGAUAGGGACUGGCGUGCCAUCCCUAAAACCGUUCAGCAAGAAACUAGUCGGAAUUCCCAAGAAUCUUGUGGCGAUCGCUACAGAAACUGAGAAGACUGCAGAGAGAUUCUGUCGCGAUAAGUCGGCCCUCGACAACAAGGGACGGUACUACCGAUUCAACGUACUAAGAGGGCUGGAAGACAUCGGGCUUGAAGACUCGAAGCAGAAGAAUGCGAUCAUUGCGGCCACAAACCGAUACAUCAAGUCUCAGGCUGUUACCAAGCAGAUGAGGGCUUUUGCGGAUGGCGCAUCCGGAAUUCCAUAUGUAGGAAACUACCGAACACCGUUUAGUCUGCGAGGCGUGCCUGUGGUGACUAAUUUUGUGGACCGACCCUCCGAUAUGGCCAAACUCGAGCAAGCCCUCCUGCCGCAGAAACAACAUCCCCGCAAGAAAGUGUUCGUGCUACAUGGUCUUGGUGGUAUGGGCAAGACGCAGCUUGCCGUCGAGUUCUCAAGGAAGCACCGCCAGAAAUUCAGCUCAGCAUUCUGGCUCGAUGGCCGAACGGAAGACAGUCUCAAACAGAGCAUUGCGACUUGCGCAAGCAGGAUUCCACAAGGACAGAUUGCAGAGAGCAGCAGUAUGCAUCAAGCUACGGGUGCUGGCGAUAUUGAUGCCGUAGUUAAGGAUGUGCAGAGCUGGCUGAGCCUGCCAGACAAUACUGACUGGCUGAUGGUCUUCGAUAAUGUCGACCAAGACUUCCGGGAACCCCAGGCUGCAUCUGGUGCGUACGAUGUCAGACGCUACUUUCCCGGAGCCGACCAUGGAUCGAUUCUCAUCACGACUCGGUUGGUGAAUCUCGCACAGCUCGGCACUGGGCUUCAAGUCGACAGGGUCGACAAUAAGCAGGCCCUCGCGAUCUUCCAAAGCGGGUAUGGGAGAGUCUUUGAAGAGUCCGAAGCUAGCAAGGAGCUACUGCGCCUCCUCAAUUGCCUACCCCUAGCACUAAGCCAGGCGUCCGCUUUCAUGCGAGAAACCGCGACUACUUUCGCCGACUACGUCGAGUUCUAUAACGGACAGUGGAGAGAAUUAAUGGGCUCUCAGAAUGACUCACAGACGCCACUCCAGGAAUACCAAAAUGGUAGCGUCUGGACAACAUGGACGAUAUCAUACCGAGCUGUUCGGCGGCGGGACGAGACUGCAGCAAAGCUCCUGCUACUAUGGGCAUGCUUGGACAACAAAGACUUCUGGUUCGAACUGCUCGCUCCCACACCCCAGUACUGGGAAAAGCGCUGGGAAGAGCACUGGGAAAAGCAAUGCGAAGAUCAUUGCGAAGAGUACUGCGAAGAGCACUGCAAAGAGCACAGGGAAAAGCACUGGGCAGAAUCGAAGAAGCUACCGGAGUGGUUUCGGACGGUUGCUGGCAGCAAAGUCGCCUUUACUCAAGCUAUGAAGCUCCUCAUCAACUAUUCUCUUAUCGAGGGAACACAAGGCCUGCCGAGCUAUGCCGCACACCCUGUUGUACACCAGUGGGCGUGGCAGAUGCAGGAAGAAGAUGCGCGAGCCGAGUACUGUUGGCUAGCAGCAAUUAUCAUUGGGACAGCACUUAUUCAACCAUCAUCCGAGAAAGAGUCCUGGGUAUUGCAAAGACGUCUCCUACCUCAUGCGGACCGCUGGGUCUCGCGUGGUUUCCAGAUCAUAAAACCUGAUAUUGGUACGCAAGGACACUUGGGCGCGGACAUUGCAGAUGCCCUUUUCAAUAUGGGUUCCCUCUACGCGGAACAGGGCAAGCUGGACAAAGCAGUGAAGAUGUACAAGCAAGCGCUGCAAACAGCAGAGAAGGCAGUUGGGGCAGAGCACACAUCAACACUUGCGGCCGUCAACAACUUAGGCAUUCUCUACACAAAACAGGGCAAACUAAGCGAGGCAGAGAAGAUGUUUAAGCAAGCACUGCAAGGAUACAAGAAUGUACUUGGGUUAGAAGAUGAAUUCACCCUUAACACGGCUAACAACUUGGGCGCCUUCUAUGCGAAUCAGGGCAAGCUAGGCGAGGCAGAGGCGAUGUACGAGCAAACCCUACAAGGAAAGCAGGAAGCACUCGGGGUAGAGCACACAUCGACAUUUGCGACCCUCAAAAACUUAGCCCGCCUCUAUGUACACCAAGGCAAGCCAGGCAAGGCAGAGAAGAUGUACGAGCAAGCGCUGCAAGGGACGGAAAAGGCUCUUGGCGCAGAGCACCCGUCAACACUUCGGAUGGUCGCCGGCUUAGGCAACAUCUAUAAAAUAAUCAACAAACCAAAUAAGGCAGAGAAGAUGCACAAGCGAGCGCUGCAAGGGAUGGAAAAGACACUCGGUGCAGAGCACCUAUCAACACUCGAUGAGGUCUACAACUUAGGCUGCUUAUACUUGAAGCAGGGCAGGCUAGGCGAGGCGGACAACAUGUUUCAGCGGGCGCUGCAAGGAUACAACAAGGCAAUUGGCCUAGAAAACAUCUCAACCUUCAUACCGGCGCUCCAAACGAUGCGGGCCCUCGCUUCCCUCCUCGUUCGUCAAAAUCGGGUAGAGGAAGCUAAAAUCUUGUAUUCGAAAGCUCUCUCAGGCCACCGAAAGGUAUUAGGGGAUGACCACCCUAAUUGUCGGGAACUGCACCACAAACUUGCACUCUUAGGCGACAAAGAGGAGCUAGCUCGCGCAGCGACCGAGAGAGAUGCGGUACAGGCCGAUGCUCGAUUACAGAACGCUGUCGAAUCUAGUGCAUGGCGGGAAAACCCAGCCUCCAGGAGGCAAAAAGUACUGCGAAUGUUUGGCUUGGAACGGACCAUCCAUAUCUCCUCAUCGUUUCCCAUGGCUCCAAUGCAGACAUCGACGCCGCUUCCAUCGAUAUCACCACAGCCCGUACAAACGUCAUGGUAUAUAACCUAAAUGCUCGCCCAAGUACCGGCUACAACUUCGUCUCAAACGGCCCGGCAGCAGGGUAUAAAUUGCGCAACAAAAUCGGGCUCGUCUUUGACCGGAACGGCGUGCUCUGGGGCGUCGAAAAGAGCACCAACGACCUCACCCGCAGCACCCGCCCCGACUCUCCCACCCCCGAACAGCACGUUCAACGACUCCACCUGUAUUGCAGAGUCAAUCUCCCCGGAGCUGAGCUUUCUGGGGUAUUCGACGCCACUGGACGUGAAGUUCGAUGUUGAGUACUAGAUUCUUUAUGUUAGUUUCCACAUAAGCCGGAACAGGCAGCAGCCCACAGGUUUCAAACUUUGUGGCAGUUCCGUUU